AUGGCGGCGGCAGUGACCAACUCGGCCAAAUGGCAACUGUGCUACGACGUCGGCGCUGACACUUGGUGGAUGGAUGAGUUCCAUCCGUUCAUCGAGGCCUUGUUGCCGCAGGUGCGUGCCUUCGCCUACACGUGGUUCAACCUGCAGGCCAGGAAGAGGAAGUACUUCAAGAAGCACGAGAAGAGGAUGACCAAAGAAGAAGAGAGGGCCGUCAAGGAGGAACUCCUGGGGGAGAAGGCCGAGGUUAAGCAAAAGUGGGCCUCGCGCCUCCUGGCCAAACUACGCAAGGACAUCCGACCGGAAUGCCGGGAGGACUUUGUCAUGUCGCUGACGGGCAAAAAGGGGGCCUGCUGCGUCCUGUCCAAUCCGGACCAGAAAGGCAAAAUGCGACGCAUCGACUGCCUGAGGCAGGCGGACAAGGUGUGGAGGCUGGACCUGGUGAUGGUGAUCCUGUUCAAGGGGAUCCCGCUGGAGAGCACCGACGGCGAGCGACUGGUCAAGGGCGCCCACUGCGCCAACCCGCUGCUCUGCGUGCAGCCACAACACAUCUCCGUCUCCGUCAAGGAGCUGGACCUCUACUUGGCCUACUACGUGCACCGCAGAGAGUCCGAAGAGAGUGGAAGCCCCGGCCGGACGGUGGCCGAUCAGGAGGACGGUCGCGCGCCCACCACGGACGGUCCCGAGUUCCGUGACGCAUUCGUGACGUCGGGAGUUUUCAGCGUCACCGAGCUGGUGCAGGUGUCUAGGACUCCCGUGGUCUCGGGGGCGGGGCCGAGUUUCUCCAUCGGGGAACUUCAAGGCCACCUGGCGUACGAUCUCAACCAAACGCUCCUGCAGCCCAUCAACAUGCGACGCACCCUCGCCAGCACCUCAUCCAGCGGGAGCAAGCGGCACAAGUCCGGCUCGGUGGAAGAAGAGGUGGGCAGCCCUGGCGGCGACUAUUACCACUCACCGUCCUCUCCGGCCAGCGGCUCCAGAAACUGGGCGGACGACAUGGAAGAAGGCGCGUCUCCUCCGGCGAAGAAGGCCGAGCUGGACGGCAGCCCUUCGGCCCGGGAGGACUCGCCCAGGCUGGGCUCCUUCACCCAGCAUCAUCGACCCGUCAUCGCCGUGCACAGCGGUCUGCCCCGUCCUCACCCGUCGCCGUCUUUGCACUUCCCGUCUUCGUCCUACUUCCCGCACGGAGCCAUCCGCUACCCUCCGCAUCUGGGACAGGACCCCAUUAAAGACCUGGUCUCAUUGGCCUGCGACCCCGCCAAUCAGAGCUCGCUAAACGGCAGCAACCAGCUGAAGGUGAGCAGCCAUUACCUCUCCUCUCAGAUGCUGGCCCCCGCCCUGGGGCCGCCCCCGUCCCCGCUGCCUCGGCCCACUCUGCCGGCGGACGUCAAGCCCCCCAGCACGUCCUCCGACGGAGCCGCCAACUCCCCCGCGUCGCCCACGUACUCGGCCCCCGGCACCCCCGGGACCCCGCCUGGCAGUCGCUCCUCCUUUGUGGGCGUCGCGUCUCGAGACCCUGCUGGACUCUACCAAGCCCAGUCUUGGUAUCUGGGCAACUGA